AUGCACUGCUUGCUAUCUCAGAUCGUCUUCGAAGACACCGUCACCUUUGGCGCGAACGACUACAGCUUCGACUUCACUUCGCUGUCCGGUAUAUUCGCAGACUAUACCAACGUACAGGGCAGAGGCUAUCUGGUUGUCAGCAAAGACGGUCUAUCCUGUACACUGCAUAUGGAGGCCAUCAUCAAUGUGCAGCUAAAGUUUGUGGGCAAGCUAGUGGAGAGCAUAGUCGUGAACGGUAUCAAGGAUGGGUAUAACAAGAUACCUCAGGUCAUUGAUAGGUUUAGAGAACUUUAUCCCGAGAAAUGUUCGCUCAGCGCCAUCCCGGCUGAGCUGGCUUCAUCUUACACGUCCUUAGCCUACCACACCCCGCCGCAGCAUACCAUACACAUUCAAGACUCACGGUCACCACCGUAA